GAGGGGGCGCAGUCAGGGCAGCCGGGUCCCUGAGGGCACGGGAGUGUCAACGGCAAAGAUGUGGAACGAUAUCGAGCUCCUGCUGAACGAUGACACCGGGCAGCUCCCUGUGGGGCUGGGACACGAGUGUGGCACCGCCUUGUACCAGGUGGACACAUUGCUGCAAAUCACAUCUUCAGAGAAGGUCUCUGUAAACCCUCAGCUCCAUGCACACAGCUCCAGGGAUGGCAGCAUUAUUGUUGUGGACAAAUCUGUGGCACUUCUGGACAGCACUGGGCUGUCUCUUCUGAUGAAUAUUCAGUUUGAUACUAACGUGGAUGUAGUGGGUAUGUGUCAAGACAAACAAUUCCUUGUGGUUGGUGAGAGAAGUGGCAGUUUACAUCUUAUUCACAUCCCAUCAAAACAAACCUUGCUAACAAAG